AUUGCUUUUAUUUUGAAAAAACAACAAGCCACGUACGGGAAGUUGGAGGGGAAAGCAUCAGCAGGACUAUUUUUCACUACUUAGCUAGCUAUCCAUAUCCAACUUCUAUUUCUCCUUUCCUUCCUUUUUGCUGUCAAAACUCCACACAGGCGAUGUCUGAGUCAUACGAUUUCCUGUUUAAAUUCCUGGUGAUUGGAAAUGCUGGAACGGGCAAAUCCUGUCUGCUGCACCAGUUCAUAGAGAAGAGAUUUAAGGAUGAAUCCAACCACACGAUUGGAGUGGAGUUUGGCUCCAAGAUCAUCAAUGUUGUCAAUAAAAUGGUCAAACUGCAGAUUUGGGACACUGCAGGACAAGAAAGGUUCAGGUCUGUGACCAGGAGUUACUACAGAGGAGCUGCAGGAGCUCUGCUGGUCUAUGAUAUCACCAGUCGAGAGACAUACAACGCUCUGACCACGUGGCUGAGUGAUGCCAGGAUGCUGGCCAGUCAGAACAUCGUCAUCAUUCUAUGUGGAAACAAGAAGGACCUGGACGCAGACAGAGAGGUCACGUUCCUGGAGGCUUCACGCUUCGCUCAGGAGAAUGAGCUGAUGUUCCUGGAGACAAGUGCUCUAACUGGGGAGAACGUUGAAGAGGCCUUUGUCCAGUGCGCUCGGAAAAUUCUCAACAAGAUAGAGUCAGGUGAGCUGGAUCCAGAGAGGAUGGGUUCAGGUAUCCAGUAUGGCGACGCUGCGUUACGACAGCUCCGUUCUCCUCGUCGUGCUCAGGCGCAGGGCACCCAGGAGUGUGGCUGCUAGUGGACGCACCCAGUAACAUACAGUACACAGACAAGGCGGGUUUGUGAAGACCAGGAGAAGAACAGUCGCGGGGGACCCAGGGUUCAGGUUGCUAUGCUGGUGACUCCUCUCUGACCUUUGACCUUUCGCACGGAAAACCUUCGGAACCUUUUGAACCUUUGUUGUCAUGACUGCACCUGCAGAGAGCUCAAAAGACCUCCCAGCCACGCCCCCACUCAGACCUCUCUGACCAUCUCCAAGGUAACCAGAGACCGCCCACCCUGCAACAUUCUGCUCCACUAUUGGACCAAACCUUCCCCAGCCCUCCAAUCAGUAUGUGAAUUACUGACAUGUAUGUAACUUCCCUCUCCUACCUUUCUACUUAUCUGCCCUCAUACCAGCUUACCUCGCAACUUAGUACAUUUUAGUUUUCUCUACACAUCUCUAUAUAUCCUCUACCCCCCCCCCCCACAGUAGUUCUCCACCCACCUGCUCUGAUUGCCUGUUAACUUCCUGCUCACCUGUUUUAACCUGUUUCACACCACUAACAGGCUACCGACUACGCAUGCAUUUUGCACUCCAUGUAUACCUUCUUACACACGUUCUCUCCCAGUAAAGUGCCCCAGGCAAUGUAGCUACCAAAUUCCUACCUAUCCAACCCGGUGUUUACGUCUCAUCAUUCUGUCUGUUGCCUUCUUACACAUCUGCUUACCUGUCUACCUACCUGCCUGUCUCUUUACACAGCUCUCUGCCUCUCUGAAUCUCCCUACAGCAGUGUUUCUGUACAUAGACUGCCGCAUGUUUUCUCAAACAGAAUAUCAGAGUAACUGAGAACAUUAUGAAGAGAUAUAUGUAUAUUAAAGUAGAUAUCAGCAUCUG